GCGUGUGUAUGUCUGUGUGUGUGUCUGUGUCUGUGUGUGUGCGCGCCCGCGCGCGUAAACUGCCUCCAGGAACUGUAGCUGCGGCAACCUGAGACCUGGAGCCGAGCGGCGACCACUAGCCUCCGACGUCGUGAUUCAGUGCUAUUAGGGGAGGAAUUAUCUGGGUCUGAGUCAUCGUAAGCCUCCAGACUUUCUCCGCAGUGUGGCAGAACUUUGUGCUGAUGAGACAAUAGUGGAGCGUGUGCGUUUCCUACAGGGCAGACCAUUCCUGGGCUGGGGGAAGCCUCGGGCCUGCUCAGGGCGGUGGGUGCCGGGUCUCCCUCUUUGCACCGCACUGUCCCCGGGAGCUGGGCUGGCGCCUGGGCCCCCGCGGAGCGGACGCGUCGGGGAGCGCGCGAGUGGCGCGCAGAGGGGGGCCGGGCGCGUGGCGGGUCCCGCGCGCCCUCGCGCGUCCCCCGCUCCCGGGCGCAGCUGGCGCGGUCGGUCUAGGGCAGCUCUCGACUCCGCGCAGCGCCGCGGGCGCUAGGCUUCACCUUCAGAUGCGCGGGGCGUGCGCGUCCUCCUCUCCAGGUCUGCAGUUUUCACGCCAAGGUGCUUGCUGCCAUCUUCUACGUCCCAGAAUAUGCACCUACUCGUCACGGAUACCUCUCUCCCCUCUGUGCAGCAGCCCCUCUGAGAAUGGAGAGAUAGGACCCCUUCAGACCCGCAUGACACAAGGCCGUGCUGUGUCACCCCCAUUAUCUCAAUGGAUCACAGCCGAGAGGCUGAGAUGGAGCUGAGAAGAGGGCCCAGCCCACCGAGGGCUGGCAGGAGCCAUGAGGUGGAUGGGGACAAGGCCAUGUGCCAUAGCUGUUGCAUCUGUGGCAAGAGCUUCCCCUUCCAGAGCUCACUGUCACAGCACAUGCGCAAGCACACAGGGGAGAAGCCCUACAAGUGUCCCUAUUGUGACCACAGGGCUUCCCAGAAGGGCAACCUCAAGAUUCACAUCCGUAGCCACCGCACAGGGACUUUGAUCCAGGGGCAUGAGCCGGAGUCCGGCGAGGCUCAGCUGGGUGAGAUGCGUGUCUCUGAGGGCCUGGAUGGGUGUGCUAGCCCCACCAAGAGCACGUCCGCCUGUAACCGCAUGCUGAAUGGGGCGGUGCCAGUGGACAGCAGCAAGAUCCUUCUCAGAAGCAGCCGUAAGGAAGCAGAGGGCGCAGCCAGUGCCCAGGAGGAGGUAGAAGCCAUGGUCCAGUGCUCCUUCUGCAAGAGCCGGUUUGAGCGCAAGAAGGACCUAGAGCUGCACGUACACCAAGCCCAUAAGCCAUUCAAGUGCAGGCUGUGUAGCUAUGUAACCCUGCGGGAGGAGUCACUGCUGAGCCACAUCGAGAGGGACCACAUCACCGCACAGGUGCCCAAUGGCAGUGAGGCCUGCGUGGAGAAUGGCAAGCCUGAGCUGAGCCCUGGGGAAUUUCCAUGCGAGGUGUGCGGUCAGGCCUUCAGCCAGACCUGGUUCCUCAAGGCGCACAUGAAGAAGCACCGGGGCUCCUUUGACCAUGGCUGCCACAUCUGUGGCCGGAGGUUCAAAGAGCCAUGGUUCCUCAAGAAUCACAUGAAGGCGCACGGUCCCAAGGCAGGGAGCAAGAACAGGCCGAAGAGUGAGCUAGACCCCAUUGCCACCAUCAACAAUGUGGUACAAGAAGAGGUCAUCGUUGCUGGCCUGUCCCUCUAUGAGGUCUGCACAAAGUGCGGGAACCUGUUUACAAACCUGGACAGCUUGAACGCCCAUAAUGCCAUACACCGCAAAGUUGAAGCCAGCCGGACACAAGCCCCGGCUGAGGAGGGGGCUGAAGAGGGCCCCGAAGAGGGCCCCCUGGACACCAAGCAGUUCUUCCUACAGUGCCUGAACCUGAGACCAUAUGUUGCUGGCGAUGUGUCCCUCAGUGGGCAGGCUGGACGGCGGGUGGCUGAGUUGGACCCUGUCAACAGCUAUCAGGCCUGGCAGCUGGCCACUAGGGGCAAGGUGGCCGAGCCAGCUGAGUACCUCAAGUAUGGGACCUGGGAUGAGGCGCUGGCUGGUGAUGUGGCCUUUGACAAGGACAGGCGCGAGUACAUACUGGUGAGCCAGGAGAAACGCAAGCGUGAACAGGAUGCGCCUUCCACCCAGGGCCCCCCCAGGAAGAGGGCCAGUGUGCCUGGGGACCCCGUGCUUCCUGGCCACCUUGACCCCCGUCCUCCUGCUCGCCCCAGCCGCAGGGCCACAGCUACUGCUGGCCAUGGCAAGUCCUCUGAGUGCUUCGAGUGCGGCAAGAUUUUCCGCACCUAUCACCAGAUGGUGCUUCACUCCCGCGUGCACCGCCGGGCUCGCCGUGACAGGGAUCCUGAUGGCGACAGGGCAGUGCGUGCCCGCUGUGGUUCACUCAGUGAGGGUGAUUCGGCUUCCCAGCCAAGCAGCCCCGGGUCAGCCUGUGCCAUUGCUGACUCUCCAGGCUCUGGCCUGGCUGAAGAGGCCGUGGAUGAUAGUGGUGAAGAGAUUGUGCCCGAACCUGCAGCAGGGGGCCAGCCACGCCACUGCUACUCUUCUGGAGAGGUGGCAUCCACCGUGCUCUCCAAUGGAGACCAGAGUCACAAACUCGGAAAUAACCCGCCAGAGAAAGACACCAGCGAGCCCAAGGCAGGGAUUGCCAUGCCGUCCAUGUCCAUACUUGAAAACAACAGCAGAGAGACUGCCAAGGGUCCUGAGCAGCAUAGAUUUUCUCUUGACUUAAAGAUGCCAGCAUUUCACCCCAAGCAGGAGGUACCCAGCACUAUCGACAGGGCUGACUUCCCUUCGAGCAUGGAAGGAGCUGGCCUGCAGCUUGCCGCGGACAGCCAGACUGGGCACUCGAAAGAAAAAUUGUCUGAUUUGCACAAGAAGGAGCACUGUGGGGCAGGAAAGAGGGCACCUGCCCCUGACUUGGUCCCACUGGAUUUGAGCAUGCGGUCAAGCCGGGAUGAGCCCAGCAGUAAGGAAGUGUGCUCUCUGCAGGCAGCCCUGGUCAUUCACCCGUGUCCUUACUGUAACCACAAGACCUACUACCCUGAGGUCCUGUGGAUGCACAAGCGCAUCUGGCACAGGGUCAGCUGCAGCUCCGUGGCACCCCCGUGGACUCAGCCCAAUGGCCACAAGAGCAUUCGCAGCAGCCUGGUUUUCCUUGCGCGCAGUGGGCGCACAGGCCCUCCACCUGCCCUUGGGGGCAAGGAAUGCCAGCCUCUGCUUCUUGCUCGCUUCACCCGCACCCAGGUUCCAGGCGGGGUGCCAGGACCUAAGGGCAGCUCUUCUCUCCUGAAAACUGCUAGCAUGCCGAAGAACAAGGAGAGCCAUUCUGGGGGCCCCUGUGCUCUCUGGGCAUCCAGCCCUGAUGGGUAUCGACAAACCAGACAUGGCCAUGGCCAGGAGUCACCCACUGCUGUGGUGCAGGGGUCCCUGGCCAAACCCAAACCCGAGGUCGGCUCCAAGUUGGCGCCUGCCCCAGGCAGUGGGGGCCUCAGCAGAAGUGCCACCCCCACACCCUCAGUUAUAACCCGUGCAGGUGCCCAGCCUUCAGCUAAUAACAAGCCAGUGGAGAAGCUCGGGGUCCCUGCAACGGGGGCUGGCUUUGUCCCUCCAAAUAAGCACAGUGCCCCAGACUCUCUGAAAGCCAAAUUCAGCCCUCAGCCUCAGGGUCAGCCUCCCUCAAAAGGAGAAGGAGGCUCUCCUCUACCUCCCCCUGAACCCUCUGCGAAGGCGGCCCAGGAGCUGAGGACACUGGCUACCUGUGCAGCGGGGUCCAGAGGGGAUGCUGCCUUGCAGGCCCCGCCCAGUGCGCCCCCCAUCGUACACUCCAUCAAGCAGGAACCGGCAGUUGAGGGACAGGAGAAACGCUUGGACAUCCUCAGUAUCUUUAAGACGUACAUUCCAAAGGACUUCGCCACACUCUACCAGGGCUGGGGUGUCAGCAGCCCUGGGCCUGACCACAGAGCAACAGGGACGCCCCGGACACAGGCUCACCAGGGAGACUUUGUCUGUGUGGAGUGCGGCAAGAGCUUCCACCAGCCCAGCCAACUCAGGGCCCAUCUGCGGGCACACACAGUGGUGUUUGAGUGCGAUGGUCCACGAGGUUCCGAAGUUCACACGGCCUCCACGGAUGCCCCCAAACAAGGGAGAGAUCAUACCACCCCAGGAACUGUGCCAGCAGGGCCCCUCCGAAAGGGGACCUAGAGACACACCUCCAGCGCUUGGCCCCGUGACUGUUUUGACAGUGGCCUCACGGGUGCCUGGAAGCCUCCCAGCAGUGACCAUGGCCACCUCAGGCAAGAAGAACAACUGUCUCCUGACCAGACACCUCAGACCUGGGAGCCGCUGUGCUGGAGUGGACGGAGGGCGGCCUCUUGCCUUCCUCAGUGACAUUUAGGGACAGCGAAGAUGCUAUGCCUACAAUUCUGUGUAGCUCUUUCAAAUGCAUGUAUGUGCUCAUCGACUUAGCCCGUGUUUCCUCGUGAUAAGCAUUGGUACUGGCAGGUGCAGUGGGAGCGCGAGGCUUCUAAAUUACUCAAGACAAGUGUGAGACACUGGAAAAAAGAUACUGGUGUGUUUUGGAUGGAGUGAGGCACUGUAGGAGGAGUCCCAGUGCUUGGAAGGACAGAAGUGAUGAUGUCAGGAGGUGGGGAAGUGGAGCCUAUUGGCAUAUCAGCACCCCCGCCUCUCCCUGUCUUAAGUGGGUUUUUAAAUAGGUAAGAGAGAGGACAGAAAGGUGGCCUUCAGGUGCUGUGCAGAUCAGGCUAGGUGGAGGCAGGGUGAUGGUGAGAUCCUCAUAGUUCAGAGGUGUGGCCAUGACAUACUGUGCACCACCAGUGUCUCGCUCAUGCACUCUGCUCUUUCACCACUUGGGCUGUGUCCAGCACAGGAAACAUGGCGGCAGCGAUGGGAACACAUCUAAAUCUGCUUCGGAAAAGAAAGCUAUUGAACACUAAGAAGAGCAGGCUUCUUUGUGUACUCUCAGGACCUUUUUGUAACAGGGCUACAUUCUGCAAACUGCUCACAAAAGAAGACUAUACGUCUUAACAAAUUAAGCCACUGAAUCCUCCCGUUUUGGGCCUGUUUUAGUAAUGGCAGAAGAAUCCCUGAGCAAAUUGGGGCCCCUAGAUCAUUAGGGUGCUAAUGCUCUGGAACCUUCUGCUGCCCCACCCCCAUCCCAACCUCUCCCCUACACCACCCCAGCAAGUAGAUGUCUUUUCCUCUCAGGCCUGGUGACCUCCAUUUGAUGAGUGACUUUGUUCACAGGUGGUGGGGGGCACCGGGCCUGAGAGUGGGGGACGGCUUUAUAUACCUCUUCCUUAGUCUCGCAAGUUCAUGUUUCUGUGGUGGGGUGAAGGCCCUAGCAGAGGCUCUGAACCCACGCAGUGUCCACAGUUGGAGCUGUAUUCCGCAGGUAGAAGCAUUUCCUUUUCCUGUUGCCGUGACACUGUGUGUGAUGGCGAUACUUCUGAGAGUUCCUGAUGUUUGCACAUAGGAUUUUAUGCAUUAUCAAAAGUUACUGCUGCCUUGAAUGAAAACGUUCUGUGAAAUUUUUUGCAAAAGCUUUACUAGGUUUUUUUUUAAUUGUGAAAUUUUGUAAAGGCAGGAAAUGGAUUAAGACGUGCAUGCGAAAUAUAUUUUUCAAAAAAGAAGCAAUAAUUUUACAUGUACAGAAAUUAUCCUAACCUUUAAUACUGGUGAGAGCAACAGUUUACUUAAUACAGUAAUGGACUAGUGCAGCUUUUGUAGAAAAUGGGCUUCUGAUACAAAGACUUGUUUAAACACACAUGUAUACACGAACCCUAGAGUGUGGUUUCUAAUGAUUUGUUGGGUUAUUAUAAUAUUAUUAUUAUUUUUAUUGUUAUUGUUAGCUAAUGUUUGGUUCUGGAUUCUACUUGUUACUGUUAAAUUACUUGACCGUUCAGGUGACUUUGCGACACUUGCAAACAAUGCAAUGUUAACUGGCUAGCAGAUAUAUAUGUAUAUCUAUAUAUAAUUAUUUUUUUUACUUAUUUUUUUCCCCAGUACUCUUACACCAGGUAUGUAUGAGAACAGCAUGCUGCGUUGGCAUGCUUGGGAACAUCAAUGGUUCUGUGAAGUUUCCCUGAACAAGUCGCAGAGACACAUUCCUCUCCACCUGAGACAGCAGAGUACCUUUCUGUUGAUUCACAUUUGAUCAUUUUGAUAGUUUUCCCCCAAAGUGAUCAUUUCUGCGUUCUCUGGCUUUUUGUUUUCUUGGCUGAAAGUAAAGGUGACAGUUAGGAAUGUGUUAGGGGCCUGUGAUUCGGCCCUGUCUGUUUCUUUGUUUUAGUUAUUAAAAGAAAUUUCUGUACCCAAAGGGACACAAAGGUGUCAUCUACAUUUUUACUGUGUCCGAAGUGGCACUUGGCAUUGAGAGCUGGAAGGGUCUUUCUUCCUGUGAGUCUCCUUCCCUGUUGGUCUGGUGGGCAAAGGGGUGGGGCAUGGGGUUCCUACAGCUGAGCAUACAGCUGAGUCUGGCUGCCGGAAGGGCAGCCAGGAGGACAGUAGUCCCAUGAUGACCUGCCCCAUGCAGCACAGAGAUAGGGUUUCUGCAUAGUCACAAGACUAUGGGGACCCCCAGCUGGCACCUCCUCUGGGACCAGCCACAUGCUGGUCUGGGUGUGUGGCUCCUUUCUCCCACUGACCAUCAGCAUUGGGCUGGUUUGUUCAUUUAUGUCAGUUCAGCAAUAGUAUUUAAAAUGAUUCGUGUUUUCUUAUUUAUUUAGCCAAUAUGUUUUGAGUCUUUUUUUUUAAUGAUAAUUUCUGCAUGAUACACUUCUGUACGUCGUCUUCUGACUGUUACAGACUUUCUACUACCUCUACGAAUCUGCUGUCUCCUUGUUUCCUAAUGAGAUUUUUACAGUGUUGCGUCUAAUGUAACUUAGACAAAUAAAGGGUUUGGUUGUCUACACUGCAGCUGCUCUGUGUGUCUCCCCGCCCUUCCACCCUGUGUUCUUUCACUUCUGGCUUGCUCGCUCCUGGCCUGGCUCCACUUCUCCCCUCUUUCUUUUACCUCUUCUUCUAAACUUCUUCCUUACUUUGAAUUCAAGUAAUCCACAGUGAGCUUCUAAAAAUCUUUCAGGUUGUUCACCCAUCCUUAAUUCAGAAAAUGAAGAUUUAAAUUCUCCAAAAAAGUGGAUACUAAUUGUCUGCUCUGGGGGAAGGGCCCACUGUACGUGUCCAUGCCUCUGCUGGUUCUAGAAGUCUCUACAAGCUUAGGAGGAGAUGGUUCAGCCUCCUCUACUCAGUACAGGUUUCCAAGUCAAGUGGAUUUUGCCUUUUUGGUCUGGAAAAGUAGAUGUUUUAAGAGGUUCCCCCCAAUAUUUACUUAUUUAUUUUUUUAAGCCGAGAAAGACACUGGUUUCUGAAAACAAGGUGCUCCAGGCACUCAAGGUCGGGCCUGCACACAGCUGGUAUCAAAGGCUGCAGCAAUGCCUCUUGAGAUGCCUCUUCUGAUUGGCCGCUGAGCGCACAUCCAGGAGUCUCUGUAAGGCACAGGGACACCUAGGUCUCAGCCUCAUUCCUUGAAGGUGUAGGAUUAGGCACAGCAGGUGGCUUGCUCCCCUCUGUGCCUCUCCAGGUGGUGGCGGUGGGCUCUUCACCCCAUUUGAACCAGCACGAGUGAGUGUCCUCUGUGGGUGAGUGAAGGUAGGUGUCUUCCAGAUCAGAGAGAGUGGGUGCUGUCCUCCCAGAAGAGGGUAUCCUCUGGACUUGUGAGAGACUGUUGACCAACCUUACUCUGUAAGACGAGACUCCUCCCCGUCACCGCCCAGCAGAUCAUGAGGCUCCCUUGUGAGCUUCCCUUUCCCCCCUGAGGAGUUGAAGUAGCAUGUGUUGUUUAAUGCUGUAAUUUUAGCGACCUCUGGUUGCAGAACAUGUUAUUCUCUGAGGAAAGGAAAAGAAAAGAUAAUAAUCACAGAUGAGACCUUCUAGUGAUGGAUGGUUGCUGUGGGGGGGCGGGCAGACUUCAGGGCCCUGGGAUGCGCCUAUGAGAAGUGGCCACCAAGCGAAAUGUUCAUUCUUCCCCAACUUCGCUAAUUGUACUUUGAGGCGGUAAGAUGCAGAAGACCAUAGAGUUUGUAUUUCUUUUUAAAAAUACAAUUUUUAACGUAUUUUGUACUCUUUAUUUUAGAAUUUGUAACUAGAUUGUUGUAUUUAACUAUUUCUGAGAAAAUAAUUCAAUGUUUCAGUUGUGUGAUAAAAUAUUUAGAUAAAACAUAUUCAUUCUAUUGGAAUUUGAAAUAAAUAAAAACAUCUUGGAGUUCUUGA